AUGAACCCACCGAAGUCAAGGGUGUCAGAACUCGAAGAGGCAAAAUCAGCUCCCCUUGAUCGAUAUGGGGACCUUGCACAUCAGCAGAAACUGACACGGAAGGUGUUGUGGAAGCUGGAUAUACAUAUCCUACCUAUACUAGCACUGCUUUUUCUCAUGUCAUUUUUGGAUAGGACAAAUGUUGGCAACGCGAAGAUUAUCGGGUUAGAAAAGGACCUUUCUAUCACAGAUCAUCAGUAUGAUAUCGGCCUGGCUGUGUUCUAUCUCACCUACAUUUGCAGCGAACUACCGAGUAACCUGGUGCUCAAGAAGGCAUCGCCGAAGAUUUGGCUGCCAUUCUUAACGGCCAUUUGGGGCAUCAUUACCAUGUGUUUAGGAUUUGUACAGAAUUUCGCUGGUUUUGUUGCCGUCCGAGCUCUGUUGGGUAUUGCGGAGGGAGGUCUACUCCCUGGCAUGGUUUUAUAUCUAUCCUCCUUCUAUAGACGAAGCGAUUUGGCUCUGCGGAUUGGUUUGUUCUACACAGCCGCUUCUCUGUCGGGCGCAUUUGGAGGGCUUCUUGCUCGUGGGCUGGCCGAAAUCGGGCCUCGAGGGGGCAUAGAAGGUUGGCGCUGGAUUUUGAUUAUUGAGGGACUUUUGACAUUUGUGUGUGGAGUGUUCAGUUACUUCGUCCUUCCAAAUAGCUUGGAGUCUGCAUCUUUUUUGAGUGCACAAGAGAAGGAAUUCGGUGGGAAACGGUUGAGGCUUGAUAGCCCCGUAUCAUUAGAAAGGUCGACGCCUGAGGCAGAAUCAUUCAAAUGGUCCGAAGUGCGCCGAGGUGUGCUGGAUUUACAAGUGUGGCUCUCUGCCUCCGCAUAUUUUGCUAUUCUCUCUGGACUAUAUUCCUUUGGCUUGUUUCUACCGACAAUCAUCAAAAACCUUGGUUUCGCCAAAGAUGCCAACGAGGUUCAAUUGUGGUCUGUGAUACCGUAUGCUGUUGCAGCCGUACUUACAGUCGUUGUUGCGAUCAUCUCUGAUCGUCUCCGUCUCCGCGGCGUGGUUAUGCUCUUCACUCUCCCUGUCGCUAUCAUUGGAUAUGCAGCCAUCGCCAACAUUGACUCCCCUCGUGUCCAAUACGGUAUGACCUUUCUCAUGGCAACCGGGCAAUAUGCCAGUGUACCUUGCAUCCUGGUGUGGCUGUCGAACAACUCUGCGGGACAUUAUAAAAGAGCCACUACAUCGGCGAUGCAGUUGGCAAUCGCAAAUGCCGGAGGAUUUGUUGCGACUUUCAACUAUCCAUCUCGGGAUGGGCCCCUCUUCCAUCGUGGACAUACCAUUGUCCUUGGGUUGUUAGUGUUUGCAUGGUUUAUGAUCCUGCUUAAUGUGCUCUAUUGUGCAAAGAUCAAUCGAGAUAAAAGGAAGGAGUUUAUGAUGGUUCUAUGA